AUGGCGCCACCGCUACCGCUUGUGGUGCUGGCGCUUGUUCUCUCCCACGCAGCGCACGCCGCGAUAGAAGACUCGUCUCCCCCUUCGCCGCUGCCCUCCGGCCCAGUCCCCGCCCCGUCAGCGUUCUCGCCAACCCCCUCUGCGCCCGAAGCGCCGGGGCUGCAGUCGCCAUUUCACUCUCCUCCGGCGCCACCGUCCGAUGACAACCUGUCGCCCGAUGAAGCCCCGUCCCCAUCUCCUUACUCGUCUUCACCGUCAGACGCCUCGCCGUCGUCGGAGUCGCCAUUGCCGUCUGAUUCUCCUGCUCCGGCGCCCUCGGGAGAGCCGACGCAAAAGCUCGACAAGGCCGGCAAUCUUUCGGCCGAGGCGCAGCCUUCCGGAGGCGGCGGCGGGGGGAUGAGCGGGGGACAGAAGGCGGGGCUCGUUGUCGGAGUGAUGAUGGCAGCGACGCUGGUGGGGCUAGGGGCAUUUGUCUACAAGAAGCGCCAGGACAACGUUCGACGGUCCCAGUACGGCCACGACGUCCGCCGCGAGAUGCUAUGA